AUGUAUAUUUCAGUGGAGCCCAGUGAAAAUCCUGUCUUGACCGCCAUGCUAUUAAAUGACCAGUGGUCAACAAAGUUCAUGUGCUUUGGUCAGCUUGGACGUCCAGCCAAGAGGAUCAUGUGGUACCGGACUCUGAAUGGUCAGCAACAAAAUAGGACCUCAGAGGCUCAGUCAAGGGACCCUGUCCUGAAUAGUGAUGAUUGCACAUAUAAUGGACAGAGUGAGCUAAGAGUAGAUGUCUCGGCCUCUGAUGAUGGUGCACAGUUUACAUGUAUGAUUGGACAGAAGUCGGCCAGUGUGUUACUGACUGCUGCCAGCAACCCUGAGAUCACCUAUACCACCACAGGUGCCCUCCCCAUCAUAGACUCAGCAAUGGACAGUGUUGAGUUUGUCAAAGGUUCAGCCGUCACUCUCAUUUGCUCAGCCACUGGUGACCCUCAACCUAACUUCAAGUGGUUUUAUCGAGAAGAGCUAUCCAACACCAGAGAAGCACAAAGCGGAAAUCGCGAUAACUCUUCUGUUCUUAACCUGAAUAACAUUCAGAAACCUGGAUACUAUGAGUGCCAGGCCAGUAACAUUUUUAACCAGUUGCAUGGUCUACCUAGCAAGGUCCUGAGAAUUACACUGUCAGCACCAACUACUGGGGCCAGUGUGAGGGGUCUAUCUGUAGAGGCCAUAGGAGGGAUAAUAGGGGCCAUCCAGGGGGUCAUUGUGAUUAUUGUCUUGGCUUAUGUCACCUACACCUACUGCAUCAAGAGGAAGCAUAAAACAAGAGGGGAAGAAAAAGCAUCGCAAGGAAACAAUGCAGAGGAUGAAGUUGAAGACAGUGAGCUUCAGAGUUUUUUAAGUGGAGAGAUUAGUUGUAAAGAAGAGACAUACAAGAGGCCAGUCAGGACCAACCUUAGCACUGAACAACAAGUGCCAAUGGAGGAGCCACUGUAUGCAGAGAUUCAGGAGAGAGAUGUGGAGAUAAGAAGACAGAAUAUCAAGUUGAUGGAAAAGAUAGGAAGCGGGGCUUUUGGCCAAGUCUUUAGGGGCAACAUUUUCAACCUAGAUGGAAAACAAAAUUGGAGCAUUGCUGCUGUUAAAACAGCAAAGGAUACCAGUGACACAUCCCUCUGCAGUGAAAUAAUGAAGGAACUGAAAGUGAUGCUGGAACUCCAACCUCACCCAAACGUGGUCAGGCUUUUAGGGUCCUGCACUCGAGAUGAUGCUGUGCCACUGAUUAUUGUCGAGUACCUUCCAAAUGGAAAUCUCCAGGACUACCUACGAAAAGAUCGUUCAAAACAGAAAGUGCAGUAUGGGAAUUUACAUGGGAUCAGUUCCUCUUUGACACCACGUGAUCUGAUAAAGUUUGCAUUAGAUGUAGCCAAUGGAAUGUCAUAUCUUUCAUCAAUGGCAAUUCUUCACAGAGACCUUGCUGCUCGAAACAUUUUGGUAGCAGAGGAUAGAACCUGCAAGAUUUCCGAUUUUGGCUUUGCUAAGGACGUCAUUGAAAGCCACAAGUAUGAAAAACAAUCGCAGGGUUGCUUGCCAGUUCGCUGGAUGUCCCCAGAAGCUCUUUUUGACAACAUAUAUUCCACACAGUCUGACGUCUGGGCCUAUGGAGUCUUGCUCUGGGAGAUUGUCACAUUGGGUUUCAGUCCCUACCCUGGUAUGUCAGCCAGGCAGGUGAUGGAAGCUAUAACUGAGGGAUACCGGAUGCCACAACCACCACAUUGUUCACAGGAUAUGUACACCAUCAUGCUGUCCUGCUGGGAAGAGGUCCCAAGUUCAAGGUCAACAUUCAAAGACAUUGUUACUUCCUUGGAUAUCCUCCUGGCCUCAGACAGCGAUGUUCUUACUCUGGGAAAGUUUGAGGAGAAACUGUACGAGGACAUUGACAACAACAAAAUGGAAGAAAAAUGUUGA